AAAAUUCACCAUAUGAAAAAAGGUGGUCUCUCUCUCUUUACUUGGAGGAUUCACUAGCAAAGUAUUUGAAAUUUGUUCUCUCUCUCUCUCUCACUCUCUUUCUCAAGAAAGACAGCCUUCAUAUUUUGUCUUUCUCACGAAACACUUGAACUCAAACAUCUUUUCAAAGAAUCCGAGGUCAUAAACUUCAGUCUCUUUCGAUGCAAGUGAAACAAAGUUGCAUUCCUUUUUGUUAAUUCUAGAGUCAUUUGUCAAUCCCAGUCCAUAUCUUGUGUUAGAAGAUAAAUAUUGCCAUUAAUUUGCUCAUCAGCAAUCUCCAUUUGGUUUCCACCGAUUUCCUAUAAAUAGAAACUAGUAAAGAAGCUCCGUAGAAGCAGAGAAGUAGUUGAUUAAAGCAACAGUCCCCAGUCCGGUGAACGGUAUUUGAGAGAGAGAUGAAUAGUGCGAGCCCUCGAAAAGAAAAAGAUAUGCCAAUCUCAAGAAACUGCGGAGGAAAUGGCCACAUUAUCUUUUCUUCAGGAGUCGGUACUGGACCGCCCUCUCCAAGCAUGGAAGAAAACCUUAGAGCUCACAAGAAAGUGGUGAGGUACAGGGAAUGCCUGAAGAACCAUGCAGCAGCCAUGGGAGGAAACGCCACGGAUGGGUGCGGAGAGUUCCUGCCGAGCGGCGAAGAAGGCUCUCUUGAGGCGUUCAAGUGCUCAGCUUGCAACUGCCAUAGGAACUUCCACCGAAAAGAGAUAGAAUGUGACUGCCCCUUCGAUUGUUACCACUCCGCGCUCCUCAACAACGCUACGGGGAGAAAACUCAUCUUGGGUACUCCUCACCACAACUACAUUCUGGGUGCCUCUGCAGCUGCUGGUACCUUGAUUUCCUCCAGGGCAGAACCACCUCAUCAGAUGAUAAUGUCCUACAAAGGAGGCUCAGUCCCUUCAGAAACAGAUGAGAAAGAUGACGGAGGAGGAGGUGCAGCAAGGGUAAGUGGAAAGAUGAGGAAAAGGUUCAGGACCAAGUUCACCCAGGAGCAGAAAGAAAAGAUGUUCAACUUUGCGGAGAAGGCUGGAUGGAGGAUUCAAAAGCUGGAUGAGUCUGUUGUGCAGCAGUUUUGCCAAGAGAUUGGAAUCAAGAGGCGAGUCCUUAAGGUGUGGAUGCACAACAACAAACAAAGCUUGGCGAAGAAGGACAGCUCUGAAGGUUGAAGCCGUAGUCAAAACAAUAAUUGGAUCUUACAUCUUUCACUAGUAUUAAUUCUUAGAAUUUCGUAAUCGUUUUUCCUCUAAGAUAAGCUACGUGCGUCCUGUAUGCCUUGCAAUGUCCCCCAGGCUUUGUGAGAGUUAUUAAUGUUUUAUGCAACUGUACGAAAUGUACUGCAUCAUUAUGCUGUUUUACAACUUGCACUUUUCUUUUAUCAA